UUACGUCAUUUUGCCGGGAAUGUCAGACCACGUGUCUCCCACCGGCUUGUUCCUCUAGUGUGCGAUUCAUUACUUUCAUUCCGAGCUUCACCGACCAGUCAGGGCAGGGACACUGAGUACCAGCAAGAUGGCGGCGCGGUGGGGAGCAGGCGAGGAGAUCUUAACUGCCUGCAAUAUGGAUUUUUUCUCCACGGAUACACUAGACGAGACUGAUGGGCUGAGCUCUGGAGAAACUCUGGAAGCCCUUCAAAGCUGCUUAGACCCCUCCAUCCUUUCCAUCUUCGAGGACGCACCAACUGCAGAGGCUAAAGGACUUGAUGACGAGAGCGAGGCAACGCUGCUAACUGCCCUGACAGAGAUCCUUGAUAAUGUUGAUGAUGAGAACCUGUCCCCGUUUGACACACUUCCUGACUCAGACCUGUUGUCAGGUCAGAAGGGCAGGGAACACUCUCCGCUCAGGAGAUUGCUGUGCCUGUCCCGUUCCCCUCCAGAUAAAGACACUAUCUGCAGUACAAGACCCUUAUCAACUGGAAAGAGCCUCCCCAGAAUACAGGCUGACUCUGUCCAGAGGAGUGAUGGCGAGGAGGAGGAAGAUGGCUCCCUCACCCUGAGCCCAACGAGGCAGCCUUCCUCUCCUGACAAAGAGCUGCUGGAUUGGGGAGGUCUGACCCUCCCUCUUCCCGUCACCCUUGAGCAGGAGGGCGAAGAUGGCCUUUCUCUUAGCUUGGGGGACUUGGUCAGGCAUAUGCACCCAUAUUGUAUGACCAUUUGUGUGGAAAAUGGAGAGGAGGAACACAUGCUACCCGAAGGAGGCAUCCUGCUCGAAGUUGUGGAUCAAGGUGAACAUGGAGAGCCCAUCCUUGCCAUCCCAGAUCUCCCUGUCUCCCUGCCACUAAUUGAACAGUCCUUAGAAACUGAGCAGAAAGUUCCUGAUGAAACAGAAAAUGCAACCUCCGACACUUCCGAGCAUAUAGUUGUUGAUGAUGAUGAUGAUGAUGAUGCCACAGCCAGUGAGGCUCCAGUGAGAGUUGCAAGCCCUGUGACCUCAGCCCUAUGUUCAGCUGUGGAAGAUGAGAAGGUCAUAAGAAGACCCAAGGAGAAGAUAAUAGAAAAAAGCCCCUCUCGGAGAAAAAAGAAAAAGAAAAGCAGGAAGGAGGAACAACCCAAACUUGUGGAGGAAGUUCCACCUGUAGAGAGGAGAGUCCUUCGGAGCACCUCAGCAAGGACCGCAGUAGAGGAAUCACCCAGGAAGCCUGAAAAAAGGCCAGUGAGAGAGGAGAUGAAAAACAACGUUCCAUCGGUUCCUGUUACCUCACCUGCUUCCUCUUCAAAACCUAAACUAAGUGCAUGCCAAACUAAAAAACACUCAGACAUCACCACUCUAACACUACCCCCUGAAAUAGGUGUAACAGGAUCUGUGUCAUCUACACAAGACCCAUUGCCAUUAAAUGCUAGCUCUGAGAAGAGUCAGCCUAAUGGUCCAUCCACUGUAGUGAAUCCCCCACAGUCUGUUGAAACACCCAAACCUUUGGCUUUAACACCAGAGCAGCUUGAUGUCUCACCAGCAGCUACCUUAGCAGUCCUCUCUGCCACCCAGGCAGCCCCUGUGUCCUCAGAUAGCCACUCAGCAUCUUCUAGCCCUGUCACACCUCAGAUCACAUUGUCCCCUAGUGAAGCCCUCCCUUCUGUGGCCCCUCCAGUUCCAGAGCCCAAGCCCAGACCUCUUAGUCUGGAAGAGUACCGGCGGCUCCGACAGCAGAAGAAGCCUGCUCCAGUGGAGAGGCAAGAUGACCACAGCACCAAGUGGCCCAGCCUUCCAGAGCUCCCUAAAGAGCUUCCACCCAUCCCCUGCUUACCAGACCCCACUACUAGAGACACUCGCCGCCCUGUCCUGUCAGGGAAGAAGGAAGAGGUAGAAGUCAAACCGGCUUGGCAGCCCAUGGGGCCUGGGGCUCCACCUACCCCUGAGGCACUAUUGGUACCACCAGCCUACAUGAUUUCCUCUACCAACAAGUCUGCCGCUGCUGCUACAAUUUCUAAACCCCAACUUGAACAAGCAUCUGCGCCUCAACCAGCUUCUGCUCCAAAACCCUCUCAAGUCCAGAGUCCUUCAGGCGCUGCCCCUAGCUCUGUGAAGAAUUUACCCACACAGCAACAGUCCACCUCGCUCCCUGCUAAACUUUGUGUGCCACACAGCUCUGGGUCACCAUCUUCUUGUCAACCAGCCUCACAGCUGAUGCCUCCAGUUGAUCCGCAGUGCUCUUCUGAACCCAUUGGAGAAAAAGCCGGAGUUGGUGAAAGGCCCCAGUCCCAUCCAGGUUCCCCUCAAUCUGUGGUGCUCAGUGAAGUCUUCUCUAAAACCACUACCGAGGUACUGAAACCCACCACUGCUGCUGUGCCUGCCCAGAUAGGUACCACUGCCCUGCAGAAAACCACUGCUUUUGCCCAGAAAGUGGCCUGUCUUGCUGCUGCUACUUCCAUGACUGAGUCAGUCACAUCUGAUAGUAAGGCUUCCAAACUGGCAGUAUCUGGUACCCAGCACUAUUCCUCCCAUGCUACUCAUUCUAACCCCCCUCAGUGCCUAACGGCUGUGCUUGGACCACAAAGGAAACCCACCACAGCCACAGAACCCUCAAAGGCCAAGAGUCCAACCCAGGAGCUCAUUGAGGCCUUCACCAGUGAGAUUGGUAUCGAAGCUUCUGACCUAACAAGCCUGCUGGAGCAGUUUGAAGAGACCCAAGCCAAAGAGGAGCAGUGUGUGCCGGAGGUCUCUGGUAGAGCAGCUGCUGUAGGAAACUCUAGUGUGGAAUUGGCUCCAGAGAAAACAUUUGUGGAGCGUGUGAGAGCUAAUGACCUCUCAAGCACUGCAGCUCUGACACCACCAGCCACUCCUCCCCACCAGAUGUGGAGGCCUCUGGCCCCUGUGGCCCUGCUGGGAAAGGGCAGGGCCACUGAAGCUUCCAAGCCAAGCCCCUCCAAAGUCAUCCAGAUAGAAGCCCGGCCUCUGCCGUCGACCAAGUUUCGGGGCACACCCACUAUAGCUGCUGCCACUGUAGCCCCUGAACUAGCAUUCAUGGAUCAUGAUUAUUGCCUCCCAAACAAGGGCGCUUCCACCGGUGAGUCAGGCAAGCGUUGGAAUGUCAAACAGCAGCCUUCCAUCACCAUCAAAGCGAUUAAGCGCCCCGCUACAGCCACUACACAGCCACCCACAGCUGCCCCGGCAUCCUCGGCAUCCUCCCUCCAGGCCACCUCAACUGCUGUGGUCACAAAAUCCCAGGAGUCUCCACUAACAGAGACCCUGGAUCACAGGACUGAUGGGAUGGAGGGAAGCUCUGUUUUGGAGACUCCGGACGCCUCCCCCGCUCGGCAGGAGCCUGAUGCUGCUGUCAAGGAAACGGUUCCCAGGCAAGGACCCACUGCAAAGUCCUACCGUCGGCCCGCUGCCUCUCGCACCCCCAGCCCUCAGUCAAGCCCCAAAGAGUUUAAGAGGGGCCGGCCUAGAAAGAGAGGAUCCCGUCGUUCCCCGAGCCCUACAUCUAGUAGCUCAGAGGCUGACUCCCACUCCUCUCGGUCUAGAUCAAGCUCUCCAUCUAAGAAAAGGUAUUGUCCCCGUCGCUCUGAGAGCAGUUCCAGCUCAUCCUCCCGCUCCUCCUCAGUGUCCUCUCCCUCAGUCUCCCUCUCGCCUCCCAGGAGGAGGAGGUACUCAUAUUCCUCCUCCCGUUCUGGCUCUUGGAGUCGCUCCAGAUCACGGUCUUGUUCUCAGUCCCCUCAGAGACAAGCUCACUGGACUAGAGGAAGAAGACUGCACAGCCCAUCUUAUCAGCCCGGCUACACACACAGGCCAAGGGCAGAUUCUGAAGAUGUGAAGAGACGCAAGGAGAAAGCCAUUGAGGAGCGCAGGGUUGUUUAUGUUGGCCGAAUCCGGGGUACGAUGACUCGGCGGGAACUGAGAGAGCGCUUCUCUUUAUAUGGAGAGAUUGAGGACUGCACCUUGCACUUUAGAGAUCAUGGGGACAACUACGGGUUUGUGACUUACUAUUCCACAAAGGAUGCUUUCACAGCCAUCGAGAAUGGAAGUAAGCUACGCAAGCCUGAUGAGCUGCCGUUUGAUCUGUGUUUUGGUGGAAGGAGACAGUUCUGUCAGACCAGCUAUGCUGACCUGGAUUCGAAUAGAGAGUACGAACCCUUGCCUACCAAGGGCAGGUUCGAUGCACUAGACUUUGACACUUUACUGAAGCAGGCCCAGAAGAAUCUGAACAGGAGGUAACAGGAGGCCUGCUGCCACAGGAGGCGACAGACACUUACCUCAGAGCCGUUGGAUGGACCUACACCGCCAACGCAGCCUUUACAUUUAUUUGUUGUAUUAGAUUUUUUUUUUUUUCCAAAUUUGUUUUGUUUGUGCAAGCUAACACCUUCUAUUGAAGUGAAGAUUUGUAUGAAAAGAGUAAAAGAGUUAAAAAAAAAAAAAUGGAGUAAAAUUAAAUAAUUUUUUAAAGUUUAUUUAAAUGUAUUAUCAGAUUUGAAUUGUAUGGAGGGAAAAAAAGAAUAUGUUUUAAAAUGGAGAAAAAUCAUUGGGAGAUGGUGUAAUACAUUUCAGAUGUACUACAAACCCGAAUAAAUACCAAAACCGAA